CCAAUCCCCAUCUCCAUCGAUCUGUCCACAGCAGCCUUCUGUCACUCCUCCCCGGCCGCCUCCGCGCGCCUGCGGCUUCGAUCCAUUCCAUGGACCCCCACCUCAGCUCCCACGUCCACGCCACCGCCGCCGCGGCGGCGGAGGCUGCUGCGGCCGGUGGCUCUCCGGAUGGCAAGAAGGCUGGCGGUGCCGUGCUCCCACCGGCGGCGGUCGUCAUCCUCGACGUCGAGGCGGGCGGUGCGCCGGCCGCGGCGGCCGCGGCCGCCGCCGAUCCGAGCGACGGCGGGGACGGCGGCGUCGACUACAUGGCGCGCGCGCAGUGGCUCCGCGCGGCCGUCCUGGGCGCCAACGACGGCCUCGUCUCCGUGGCCUCCCUCAUGAUCGGCGUCAGCGCCGUCAACAGGUCGCGCAAGGCCAUGCUCGUGUCCGGCAUGGCCGGGCUCGUGGCCGGCGCCUGCAGCAUGGCCAUCGGCGAGUUCGUGUCCGUGUACGCGCAGUACGACAUCGAGGUCUCGCAGCUCAAGCGCGACGGCACCGACAGCGACGAGGGCGCCCGGGACGCCCUGCCGAGCCCGACGCAGGCCGCGCUAGCGUCCGCGCUGGCCUUCGCGUUCGGCGCCAUCCUGCCGCUGCUGUCCGGGGUGUUCGUGCCGUCUCUGUGGGCCAGGCUGAUCGCGGUGUCCGCCGCCAGCGGCGUCGGCCUGACCGGGUUCGGCGCGGCGGGCGCGUACCUGGGCGGCUCGAGCAUGCGGAGGUCCGUGCUGAGGGUGCUCCUGGGCGGCUGGUUCGCCAUGCUCGUCACCUACGGCGUGCUCCGGCUGUUCGGGGUGGUGUUCAACAUUGACGUCUCGUCGGUGUGACAUCGGGAUGUGAAAAAUCCUGCAUGUCUUUGAGUGUAGCAAACUAGCAGUCGCCUGGACAGGGAAAGGGGAAUAAAGUAACAUGGGUGUGUAUGUAGUGUAUGUGUGUGGUGGAUCUACCUGACUGUAAUGUAAUGUCAGGGCUAAUGUAUGGUAUCUGAUGGGAAAAUCAAAAGGAGAGACAAAAUUAUCUAUGUGUAUUAUAUUAAUU